AUGUUUUUGAACGCGGCCUUCCUACAGCAGCCCAGUUAUGGCUCAAAUGAUCGCAGCCUCAUGCAGGGUCCCGCUGUGUUGCCACCAGUUGUAGCAGAAGCAACCCCAAGGAUUCGGAAGGAGUUGAGCGGUGUGGAACUUCAACCACCAAAGCGAGGUGCAGCAGUGCAGCGUCCUUUCCUGGCCAUGUCGCAACACUUGGAGGCUCCACUCACGGGCACGUGUGCUUUGGCUGGCGGCCCAGCAGGGCCUGCAGUGCAACGCCAAUGCACGCGCUUUCCGGCGGUGCAUCGACAAAGGCUUGAGGCCCGCGAGCCGGAGCAGGUUUCAGCAGCCUGGACCCUGCAGAGCAGGUUCAUGCUCUAUCCAGCACAGCGCCACCUCGGAGACACUGAUGGGAUUGUGAUUGUGCCAGAUCGGGGACGGGUUUGCGUCCAGGAACAUCACGAUCGGCAGGCGACGGCAGUUCUGAUGACUGCCAACGCACGGGCCAUCAGAGAAUUGCCCAAGGACCACUUGGAGUAUCUGGAGUCGGUGAGAAAGUGA